AUGGCACCUGACUGGAAGCAGAUAGCUGCUGAGAAACGCGACUCCGUUCUUGCUCUUAUACCUGAGGAAUGGCGUAUUCCUACGCCACCAUCUGCGGAAGAGCAAAGAGAUGUCACUGGCAAAUUCGUCCAGCAGUAUCUGGAUCCCAAAGAGAUCGAGAUCACCGAGACAGAAGCUGUUGAGAUUGUCAAGAAGACUAGUAGUGGCGAAUGGACUGCUGUUGAAGUCACAAAGGCUUUCUGUCAUCGCAGUGCAAUUGCUCAUCAACUGAUCUUCUAUGACGCUGCAAUCGAGUCUGCUCAGAAACUUGACCACUACCUUGCAAACCACAAAAAGCCAAUUGGACCUCUUCACGGCUUGCCUGUAUCGCUCAAGGACCAGUUCCACGUCAAGGGAGUUGAGACUCAUAUGGGCUACGUUGGAUGGAUUGGUACUUUCCAAGGCGAGAAGGGGACAGGUAAGGAGAAGGUGUACGAAUCUGAGAUGGUCAAGGAACUACGCAACUUAGGCGCUGUACUGUUCGUGAAAACGGCCGUGCCGCACACACUGAUGUGUGGCGAAACGACCAACAACAUCAUCGAUUAUUGCUGGAAUCCCACGAACAGAAAUCUAAGUGCUGGUGGUAGCUCUGGUGGUGAGGGUGCCCUCAUUUCGCUGAGGGGUAGCCCUCUUGGCUGGGGUACCGACAUUGGCGGAAGUAUCAGAAUCCCUGCUGCGUUCAAUGGCCUCUUUGGCUUGAGACCAAGUGCCGGCAGGAUGCCUUAUGAAGGAAUGGCCAACUCGUUCGAUGGCGCCCCCAGUAUUCUGAGCGUUGUUGGACCUUUGUCGUCGUCAUCUGCUGGUCUCAAAUUGGCUGUGCAGUCUAUUCUGCAGACUGAACCGUGGCAGCACGACCCACGUGUACACCCAAUACCUUGGAGGACUGGGCAAGAGGAGGCGGUCAAAAAGCUAGCACAGGAGAAAAAGCUCACGUUUGCGGUCUUGAGACAUGAUGGACUCUGCGCCNCCCAUCCUCCAAUCAAGAGAGCUCUUGACGAAACUGUCCAAAAAUUGGAAUCUCUCGGUCAUAAGAUCAUUGAGUGGCAGCCGCCCAGCCAUGGUAAGCUCGAAGAUAUCUGCACAAAGUCUUGGAACUACGAUGGAGGAGCAGACGCUGCGAAGGCCUUUGCUCUCAGUGGAGAAGAUCCCAAGCCCAACAUCAUGUUCGAACAGUCAUCUCAAGCCGAUGCUACGGAGAUCAUGCGUAACCAAGUCAACAAGAGAGACGCCGAGAAGGAAUACAUGGAGUAUUGGAACUCGACGAGCGAGUUGACAGGCACUGGUCGUCCGGUGGAUGCUAUCAUCAGUCCGCUCGCGCCCUUCACCGCAGCUCGUCCGAACAAAUACACCUCAUACAGCUACUCGGUGUGGGUCAAUGUUCUCGACUAUACUUCUGUGGUCGUACCAAUUACCAAGGUCGACAAGAAGGUGGACAAGGCAUAUACCGAUUUCAAGCCCGUGUCGGAGACGGAUGAGAAGACACAAGCAACUUAUGACCCAGAGAUUUAUGACGGAGCACACGUGUCGCUUCAGAUUGUGUGUAGGAGGUUGGAGGAGGAGAAGGCUCUGACGAUUUCAGAAUAUAUUUACGAGGCCGUUCAUAGUUGA